AAUUCUAUCUGUUAUCUAUUAUUAAAAACAUCAUCCAUUCCGCACCUUUCCUUUUUCUCUCGAAAUUUCCCGAUAACACCAAAGCUCUGAACAACACAACAAUGGCGGCAUUUACAGUUUCUUCUCAAUCUCUCUACCUUCGAAACCCUAAAUCAUCUUCCUAUUCCAUGAAACCCCCCAAACCCCUCAAUUUCACUCGCACAUAUCUUCCCUCACUGAAAACUAGGGUUUCAUCUUCUACUUCAUCACCAACAAUUUCGCCUCCUCCAUCUCUCAAUUCGAGAAAUCCAUUCAAUUCCACCUCUACUCGCACAGUUACAUCCCUGAUUGCAACAUUCUACGCCGUUUCUAAACUCCUCUUCUCAAAAUUCGCUUCCCAAAUCGCUAUUUCUGCUCCAACCCUAAGUUCAGCUGGUCCUUUAUUCUUUGCUGCUGUAAGAGACCGAUCAACUGGGUAUUUAAACACUCCAUUAACUGUCGUCGCAGCUGGAAUGUGCAAAUGGCUUGAUAUUUAUAGUGGGGUUUUAAUGGUUAGGGUUUUACUUUCUUGGUUUCCUAAUAUUCCUUGGGAUAGACAACCUUUAUCUGCAAUUAGGGAUUUAUGUGAUCCUUACUUGAAUUUGUUUCGCAAUAUAAUUCCCCCAGUUUUUGACACUUUGGAUAUUAGCCCACUUUUUGCUUUCGCUGUUUUGGGUACUCUUGGUGCUAUCUUGAACAACAGUCGUCGCGGCGGGUUUUGAUAAAUUGUUGAAGAUGAUGAAGAAGGAAGCUUGAAAUUUUGAGUGAGUGAUUACUGAUUAUAUUUGUAUGGUAUUAUUGAUUUUGGUUUUCAGUUUCUUUGCAAUUUUAUAUAUUACAACAAAAACGCUUGAGCUUGAUGCAGUUUAGUGGUUUAGUUAUUUGUGUAGCUUUAAUUUAGGAGAAUAAAAAAUUAUGAGACUAUGCUAUUAUUAAUUUGUUUAGCUUUGAUGGAGUAUAUAUACAUAUUUGUUCUAGUUUUGUUA